AUGCGCCUCGCCGGCGGCGCCGGCUCCCCGCGGCUGGCGCCCUCGCCCGCGAACGGCAGCCAGGGGCGGCCGGCGGAGGGCGGCGGCGGCGGCGGCAGCAGCCCCAGCCCCGAGGCCUGGUCGGGCUCGCCCAACGGCAGCCUGGGCGGCUGGGACCCCUUCGGGCGGGACGAGGAGCUGGCGAAGCUGGAGAUCGCCGUGCUGGCGGUCACCUUCGCCGUGGCGGUGCUGGGCAACGGCAGCGUGCUGCUGGCGCUGCGGCGCACGCCGCGCAAGGCGUCCCGCAUGCACCUCUUCAUCCGCCACCUCAGCCUGGCCGACCUGGUGGUGGCUUUCUUCCAGGUGCUGCCGCAGCUGUGCUGGGAGGUGACGCACCGCUUCCACGGCCCCGACGGGCUGUGCCGUGUGGUGAAGCACCUGCAGGUCUUUGGCAUGUUUGCCUCAGCCUACAUGCUGGUGGCCAUGACGGCCGACCGCUACAUUGCCGUGUGCCACCCGCUGAAGACGCUGCAGCAGCCCACCAAGCGCUCGUACGGCAUGAUCGCGGCGGCCUGGGUGCUCAGCCUGCUGCUCAGCACCCCGCAGUACUUCAUCUUCUCCCUCAGCGAGGUGGAGCGCGGCUCGCAGGUCUACGACUGCUGGGCGCACUUCAUCAUGCCCUGGGGGCCCCGCGCCUACGUCACCUGGAUCACCGGCGGCAUCUUCGUGGCGCCCGUCCUCAUCCUUGCCACCUGCUACGGCUUCAUCUGCUACCACAUGUGGCGCAACGUCCGCGGCAAGACGCGCCUGGGCGAGGGGCCGGCGUUGGUGGGCGGGCGGCGGGCAGGGGGCAGCGGCCCACACCGGGGGCUGCUGCUCGCCCCCUGCGUCAGCAGCGUCAAGACUAUCUCCCGUGCGAAGAUACGCACCGUCAAGAUGACCUUCGUCAUCGUCUCGGCAUACGUCCUGUGCUGGGCGCCCUUCUUCACCAUCCAGAUGUGGUCGGUGUGGGACCAGCACUUCCCCUGGGUCGAUUCUGAAAAUACUGCAACUACAGUCACUGCUCUAUUGGCCAGUCUGAAUAGUUGUUGUAACCCAUGGAUCUACAUGUUCUUUAGUGGGCAUCUCCUGCAAGACUGCAUACAGAGCUUCCCUUGCUGUCAAAAAAUAAAGCAAAUGUUGAAUAAAGAAGAUUCUAACAGCAACAGUAGACGACAGACUUCUUUUACCAACAACAGAAGCCCAACCCAUAGCUUGAACACCUGGAGAGAAUUGCCGCACUCAAAAUCUACCAGCUUCAUCCCCAUUCCAACCUGAGACAGGCACUCGGAACAGGCAGGUGUUGGAGUUUAGUAGGAGCACUUAGGAAGAUUAUGGCAUAGCACUUUAUGCUGGUGAGAGGCACAAUCCCUUGGUAACGAGGAAUUACUAAGACGACCGUAAAAUGAAAUGUACCAUGUUGCUAAAUAAGAUAUUUUGCAGAGUAUAAUUUUAUGAAAGGUGUAUGGGACUUAAGCAACUGAUCAGAAAGGAGUGACAACAAUAAAGCAAUUAUUUUUCUAAAUAGAAACUGUUAUUCAUUUUAUUUUAUGUUUAUAAAAUGAGUGCAUUGUUUGCUUAUUGUUCAAAGCAGUAAGAUAAUGGAGUUGGUAUAUGUUGAGGUAACUCCGCUCGCUAGUGGUAACACCUAAAAUUUCUCAUGACUGCCAACUAAAGUCACAGGGAAAGAAGACGAUACAAACAAGAUCACAAUUUGAUCUUAUAGAGAAAAGAACUGGAAGAAAUUCCGGUCUGAGUAGAAAAGGUGUAUGCUUAGAUAGGCUGUGAGUUGUUGGGAAUUUAAUUGAUCAUAUUGCUUUAUCUUUUCAAAUACUUUCUGAAAGUAAAAUGAAAUGUCUAACAAUUCUCAUUUAGUUUUAGAAUUUAACAACUCUUAUGAAGGCAAAUUCAUCACUGCUGUCGAUGUCGGUAUACACUUUGUGGGGUUUGAUUUCUUGGGUGACAUUUCUGCUUCGCUUCAUGUUGAUGGAAGUU